GAGGAGGGCAGCGCCAUUCCGGCCAGCUGUUUUCUCCGUCCCUCGCUCCCUUCCCCGCAGUGGCCCGCGAGCCGCCCGGCAGCCAGCGAACAAGCGCGCGAGAGCGUGACGCGGCCUGGCUUGCUCGCGCCUCUCGCGUCCCAGCAUCGCCGCCCGCCCAUGGCCCCGGCCGCCGCGGACGAGCCGCGCUGAGUCGGGCGGAGCAGAGAGGUGGGGCCGCCGCCGUGGCCCUCGCAGCCCGCGCCUCGCCGCCUGCCCCUGGUGCCCGCGCACGCCAGCCGCCGUCGCCUUCGCGCCUGGCUGGCGGGGGCGCUGUCCUCCCCGGUGGUCCGCUUAGCUCCCUGGAGCUCGGCUGAGCGCGGCAGCCAGGGCCAGCGGAGGCGCGAGGAGCCGGACGCCGCCGCCUGUGUCGCCGCUGUCGCCGCCGCCGUGGGGGCCAUGACCGUGGAGCAGAAUGUGCUGCAGCAGAGCGCGGCUCAGAAGCACCAACAGACAUUUUUGAAUCAACUGAGAGAAAUUACUGGGAUUAAUGACACCCAGAUACUACAGCAAGCCUUGAAGGAUAGUAAUGGAAACUUGGAAUUAGCUGUGGCUUUCCUUACUGCAAAAAAUGCCAAGACCCCUCAGCAGGAGGAGACAACUUACUAUCAAACAGCACUUCCUGGAAAUGAUCGAUAUAUCAGUGUGGGAAGCCAAGCAGAUACAAAUGUGAUUGAUCUCACUGGAGAUGAUAAAGAUGAUCUUCAGAGGGCAAUUGCCUUGAGUUUGGCGGAAUCAAACAGGGCAUUCAGGGAGACUGGAAUAACUGAUGAAGAGCAAGCCAUUAGCAGAGUUCUUGAAGCCAGCAUAGCAGAAAAUAAAGCAUGUUUGAAGAGGACACCUACCGAAGUUUGGAGGGAUUCUCGAAACCCUUAUGAUAGAAAAAGGCAGGACAAAGCUCCUGUUGGGCUGAAGAACGUUGGCAAUACUUGCUGGUUUAGUGCUGUUAUUCAGUCAUUAUUCAACCUUCUGGAAUUUAGAAGAUUAGUCCUGAAUUACAAGCCUCCAUUAAAUGCUCAAGAUUUACCCAGAAACCAAAAGGAACAUCGGAAUUUGCCUUUUAUGCAUGAGCUUCGGUAUCUAUUUGCACUUCUUGUUGGUACCAAAAGGAAAUAUGUUGAUCCAUCAAGAGCAGUUGAAAUUCUUAAGGAUGCUUUCAAAUCAAAUGACUCACAGCAGCAAGAUGUGAGUGAAUUUACACACAAAUUAUUAGAUUGGUUAGAAGAUGCCUUCCAAAUGAAAGCUGAAGAGGAGACGGAUGAAGAGAAGCCAAAGAACCCUAUGGUGGAGUUGUUCUAUGGACGAUUCCUAGCCGUAGGUGUGCUUGAAGGUAAGAAAUUUGAAAAUACUGAAAUGUUUGGUCAGUACCCUCUUCAGGUCAAUGGGUUCAAAGAUCUACAUGAGUGCCUAGAAGCUGCUAUGAUUGAAGGAGAAAUUGAGUCCUUACAUUCAGAGAAUUCAGGAAAGUCAGGCCAAGAGCAUUGGUUUACCGAACUACCACCUGUGCUAACGUUUGAAUUGUCAAGAUUUGAAUUUAAUCAGGCUUUGGGAAGACCAGAAAAAAUUCAUAACAAGUUAGAAUUUCCCCAGGUUUUAUAUCUGGACAGAUACAUGCACAGAAACAGAGAAAUAACAAGGAUUAAGAGGGAAGAGAUCAAGAGACUGAAAGAUUACCUCACAGUAUUGCAGCAAAGACUAGAGAGAUAUUUAAGCUAUGGUUCGGGUCCCAAACGAUUCCCCUUGGUAGAUGUUCUGCAGUAUGCAUUGGAAUUUGCCUCAAGCAAACCUGUUUGCACUUCUCCUGUUGAUGAUAUUGACGCUAGUUCCCCACCUAGUGGUUCCAUACCAUCACAGACAUUACCAAGCACAACAGAACAACAGGGAGCUCCUUCUUCAGAAUUUCCUAGCACAUCACCAGCAGCAAUUGCUGCUGUUUCAUCAAGAUCAGUAAUACACAAACCAUUCACUCAGUCCCGGAUACCUCCAGAUUUGCCCAUGCAUCCAGCACCAAGGCACAUAACUGAAGAAGAACUUUCUGUUCUAGAAAGCUGUUUACAUCGCUGGAGAACAGAAAUAGAAAAUGACACCAGAGAUUUGCAGGAAAGCAUAUCCAGAAUCCAUCGAACAAUUGAACUAAUGUACUCUGACAAAUCUAUGAUCCAAGUUCCUUAUCGCUUACAUGCCGUUUUAGUUCAUGAAGGCCAAGCUAAUGUAGGGCACUACUGGGCAUACAUUUUUGAUCAUCGUGAAAACAGGUGGAUGAAGUAUAAUGAUAUUUCUGUGACAAAAUCAUCAUGGGAAGAGCUAAUGAGGGACUCUUUUGGUGGUUAUAGAAAUGCCAGUGCCUAUUGUUUAAUGUACAUAAAUGAUAAGGCACAAUUUUUAAUACAAGAGGAGUUUAAUAAAGAGACUGGGCAGGCCCUUGCUGGAUUAGAAACAUUACCACCGGAUUUAAGAGAUUUUGUGGAGGAAGACAACCAGCGAUUUGAAAAAGAACUAGAAGAGUGGGAUGCACAGCUGGCCCAGAAAGCUUUGCAGGAAAAGCUUUUAUCAUCACAGAAACUGAGAGAGUCAGAGUCUUCUGUAAUAACAGCACAAGCAGGAGAACCAGAAUAUCUAGAGCAGCCAUCAAGAAGUGAUUUCUCAAAGCACUUGAAAGAAGAAACUAUUCGAAUAAUUACCAAGGCCUCACAUGAGCAUGAAGAUAAAAGUCCUGAAACAGUUUUGCAGUCGAAACAUGAAAAUGACACACGCCAACCACCUUCUAACCAGCAAGUUGUAGAGGUGGCCAUUCCCCACAUAGGGAAAUUUAUGAUUGAGUCAAAGGAGGGGGGUUAUGAUGAUGAGAUCAUGAUGACACCGAACAUGCAAGGUAUUAUCAUGGCAAUAGGUAAAUCCAGGAAUGUAUAUGACAGGUGUGGUCCUGAAGCAGGGUUCUUUAAGGCAAUUAAGUUGGAGUAUUCAAGGUUGGUUAAGUUGGCCCAAGAAGACACCCCACCAGAAACAGAUUAUCGUUUACACCAUGUAGUGGUCUACUUUAUCCAGAAUCAAGCACCAAAGAAAAUCAUUGAGAAAACAUUGCUAGAACAAUUUGGAGAUAGAAAUUUGAGUUUUGAUGAAAGGUGUCACAGUAUAAUGAAAGUUGCUCAAGCUAAACUUGAAAUGAUCAAACCUGAAGAAGUGAACCUGGAAGAAUAUGAGGAGUGGCACCAGGAUUAUAUGAAAUUCAGGGAAACAACCAUGUAUCUCAUAACUGGGCUAGAAAAUUUUCAAAGAGAAAGUUAUAUAGAUUCCUUGCUGUUCCUUAUCUGUGCUUAUCAGAAUAAUAAAGAACUCUUGUCCAAAGGCCCAUAUAGAGGACAUGAUGAAGAAUUGAUAUCACAUUAUAGAAGAGAAUGUUUACUGAAAUUAAAUGAGCAAGCUGCAGAACUCUUUGAAUCUGGAGAGGAUCGAGAAGUAAACAAUGGUCUGAUUAUCAUGAAUGAGUUCAUUGUCCCAUUUUUGCCCUUGUUGCUGGUGGAUGAGAUGGAAGAGAAGGAUAUACUUGCUGUGGAAGAUAUGAGAAAUCGAUGGUGUUCCUAUCUUGGGCAGGAAAUGGAAGCAAAUCUCCAAGAAAAGCUGACAGAUUUUCUGCCAAAACUGCUUGAUUGUUCUACGGAGAUUAAAGGUUUCCAUGAGCCACCAAAGUUACCAUCAUAUUCCACUCAUGAACUCUGUGAGCGAUUUGCCCGAAUCAUGUUGUCCCUCAGUCGAACUCCUGCUGAUGGAAGAUAAACUGCACACACUUUCGCUAAACACACUGUAUAAACUUUUUUUUAGUUCUUAACCCUUGCCUUCCUGUCACAGGGUUUGCUUGUUGCUGCUAUAGUUUUUAACUUUUUUUUUAUUUUAAUAACUGCAAAAUACAAAAUGACUAUAUAAACUUUAGCCAGACUGCAACAAUAAAGCUGAGAAUCGCAUGGCACUCAGACUUUGUUUUAACCAGAACUAAUGUAUAAUUACAAAUCUGAUUGAUUUUACCAUGGCAAAAUCAUGCUUUUGCCACCUCUCUGUUACAGUAUUAUUUUGCUUUUACCUUUUCUUUAUCUACAGCUUUUCAUUCAGUCUGGAUCCUUCCAUGACUGUAGCCAUUUAAGUGUUCAGCACUGUGUAUGACACAAUAUUUGGUAGCUUGUAAAUGAAAUUGAAGAAUAAAGUUUUAUUUAUGGCUACCUAUGUGUUUGUAAGCAGGUAUAUUGUAUGUUAGUGUAUUAUUUUAAUUAUAAUAUAUAAAUGGAUUUUGUCUGGGGAUUUAUUAAGAUUGAGUGAUGAAUAGAUUAACACAAGUAUUAAUUUUACUCUAAUAUUAGCACAUUAGAAUUUUACUAAGGAUUUGACAUUUAAAGGUAUUUUAAUAUUUUUGACUAAGUUGUUGAACUUAGAAUGGCACUCAAGCAUGUUUUGAAUUCAAAUCAGGUUUCCACUGAAUGAGUGACUGAUUUUUAAGUCAAACCACACUGAAACUUUUAACUUUUUCAUAGAUUAACAUAUUUUUUUAUAUAUUUGCAAUAAUAUACCAAGGUGAUUAUUUCAAGAGAAACCUGAAUAAAGUACUUGAAUAAGGGCUAUUUAAUUGUGAAACUUGUAAGAAAUAUGUAUAUGUAUUUAUACAUAAACACACACACACAUAUAUUCUUCAUAAUGGAGGACAAUGUUUUACAUUAUAUAGUCAUUCUAUUUUUGUAAAUUGUAUACCACUUUAAUUGAGAAUGUUCUCUACUAAUCAAUGCUGUGAAAUUACAUUGAUAUUGUUAAACAAGAAGUUGUGAAAAUCUUACCUGCUUUUAUUUACCUACUUUUUUUAAAAGGAAAAUCUGUAGAAUAUAUUUUGUAGAUGGAACUGCUGUUUAAAUUUAAUGAAAUAUUGUGAAUGAACUCAGUGCUUUUGAAGGUAAUCAUGUUAUCAACAACAUAUUUUUGAAUUUAUAAAAAUUUCUUUAUAAAUGAUACUUUGUUAGCAUAGUAAAAUAUAUCAUGAUACUAUGUGUAUGUUUAUUAUAGCGACGUCAAAACUAGUGCUCUUUAUAAGUUCCUCAUAAAAGAUCCUGCAAGGAGUAGGAAGAAGAAAAUGUUAAGCUAUUAUGUGAUGGUCUUUGUAAAGGUAUCAGCAUACUGAUAUGAUUUUAAUAGCAAGGAACUGGUACUAUGUCUGUUGGAAGAGUUAGACUUUUCAGAUUAUAGCUAUCAAAAUGUGUUUUGGUUUAGAUUUUCAGUUCUCUGCUGAGCAGAAUGAGUAUUCUUCAUUGGUUUCAAAUCCUGUCAGAAGUUCAGAUACUUCAUAUGUUUUAUCAAAGCUUUUGAAAAUAUUUUUGGUAUUUUAUGAUAUUCUACCAUAAUGUUAAAGUUGUGUUUAGGUGCAUGAUUGACCUCUGAAACAUGAAGUGCUUAAAAAAUAUGGAAAUUACUUUCAAAAUCGUGUUGAAAGGCACAUCCAGGGAAUCUUAUGCUAAAGGUAAGAAAUAUUAUUAUAUUUACUCUUUGUACUUUGAAACAAGUAGUAAUGAUUCUGAAUACUUAUUCAAAGAAGGAACCUUUUUCAAGACCUGGGGAUACAACUGUUUAUAUAUCAAUUAAGAUUUAGGUCAGUGAAAUUUCCUUAUAUUAUUCCCUGGAUUAAAUAUAAAUUGUAGCUAAUAAACCGUUGUUCACUGCAGGUUGCACUUUGAUUUAAAUGAUUCUCAUUUUGAUUUCUCUAGUAGUCGCUUCCCAAAAAGUAUUUUGAAAUAAUUCAAGGUAGAAUUUAAAGUGGAAGAAUUUAAGACUUAUAGGAACUUCUUAUAAAUACAGGGUUUAAGGAGACUAUAGCCAUGAGUCAAACUAUGAGACCCUUCUAAUACUGCACUAAAAUACAUUAAUGACCAUGCACUAAAUCAGUGAUUCUCAAAGUGUUGACCUUAGACCAGUAGAUUCUUCUUCACCUUGGAACAUAUUAGAAAUUCAAAUUCUUGAGCACCACCUCUGAUCUAUUGAUUCAGAAAAUCUGUAUUUUAACAAGUUGUCCAGGUGAUCUGAUAUUUGCUAAGGUCUGAGAACCACUACACUAAAUAAAACAAUCUAGCAUUUUUUGCAUCUUAAAUUGACACUAUAUAAUUUCCAUUCACUCAUAAUCCCUUCUUUGUUGGAAGCUUUUCUGUCUUUCCCUCACUGGCAGUUUCAAAGAAAUGGUUGAAAAUUCUUUUGCUUAGUUUUAUAUUAAUUAAUAAAAGGUGGAUUUUCUCCAUCUGUUUCUGGUUCUCCAGAAGUGCAGUAUCUUUCUGUUUUAUGAAUCAGAGUUGUUGACUCCUACUUCUGGUUUCUACUAUAAGCCCUUAAAGUUCAAUAACUUGGAUGCAUGGAAGGGUGCAUAGGAGUAUCCUUUUGUAAUUUUAUUGUGUAAGUUGACUUCACAUUAUUAAGUAGAUUAUAUAUCAUUUGUUGUGCCCAUAAUAACUUCAUGCAAAAAUGUGUUAUCAGCCCAGUUUAUAUGCCUCUUUUCCAGCAGGAGUAUGAUUGUUGCUGUCCUCCUGUUUUAGUUUCUCGGCUGCUAAAACAAAUACCAUACAGGGGGUUGGCAUAAACAAUGGGAAUUUAUUGGCUCACAGAUUCAAAGGCUAGAAAACUUGCUUCCUCCCAGGGUGGGUAUCUUCUGGCUGGCUGACAGUGUUGGGGUUCUUUAGCUUUUUCAUCACAUAGCAGUGCACAUGGUGUCAUCUCCUCCUUUCUCUUUUUGGGUCAGUAUACUUUCAGCUUCUGGCUGCUCCCUGUGGGUUUCUCUCUUUGGCCUUCUCUAUAAAGCUUCCAGUAAUAAAAUUAAGAUCCAUCCCGAUUCUUUUGGGCCACACCUUAACUGAAGUAACCUCAUCAGAAGGUCUUAUUUACAAAUAGGUACACAUGAACAGGACCAGGGACUAGAACUUGAACAUGACCUUUUGUAGAGAUAGGAUUCAAUCCCCAGUACCUCCCUGUAGCCUCAAGGUUGCAAUGCAAAAAUCCAUAGUUCUGCUCUUACAUCUGCUGUUUUCUUUUACUUUCACUUCAUUAUUAAAAUUAUAACAAUCCAAGUUAGAAAUUGCCUUCAAUGCAUUCAUCUAAAUCAAUUCAGAGUUUUCAUUAGACAGAAUUUUGUUGAAUGAACGAAAUAGUCUGUGUUGAGUUCUGGUCCUUAUUACUACUAUGUUUAUUUUAUCAUUUUCACUUAACAUUGUACCAGGAACAUGUUUCUAUUUUGCCACAUUUUUUGUUUUUAAAGAUCCCUCAAAGCACCAAUUCUCUAAUUUAUAUAGAGAGAAGUUUUAGUUUUACAGCAAAAUCAUGCAUAAAAUGCAGAGUUCCCCUGUACCACCCUAUUAUUAGCACUUUGUGUUAGUGUGGUACAUCUGUUACAAUCCAUGAAAGAACGUUUUUGUAAUUGUACUAUUAACUAUAAUACAUUGUUUACAAUAGGAUUUACUAUUUGCUACAGUGUUUUUAAUUCUUACCUCUUCCACUUCCUUCUUCCACCACCCCUCUUCACCCUCAGCCUGGUGGUACCACUGUUAGUGAUUAUGGCCACACCUUUUUCAAUGUUUGAGUAAUGUUAGGCAGCAUAUACACAUAAACAGUGGUAUUUUUAGUGGGGAGGAAAGUCACUGUUUUACAGAAAUGAAGUUAACAUCUAUUUUAUGCACUUUUCCUUUAAAAAAAAAAAAACAAACCUGUAAUUUCUAGCUCCCAGAAAAUUAUUUUCUAAUUAGCUUUAAUAGAAGUGACUUAUAAUAAUUAUAAAAUAAAUAAUAACACUCAAAAAUAAUAAUAAAAGUAAGUCAUGAUUAAGGGAACUAUAUACAAAAAAUGAAUAUAUACUUUGAACUAAAAUUUCAAAUAUCCUGAUUAUUCCAUUCACUGUUCUCCUCAGCGGCUAUUUCAAACCUUCUCUUCUAUCCUCAACCUCCUAUUUAAUGCCAACUCCAGUUACAACAGAUGAACUUUACUUUAUCAAGAAAAUAUGGGACAAGGGUAUGAUCCCCCUUUCAAUUUUGCAUGAUCCUCUUCACAACCUGGCACUUCCCUAGCCAUAAAUUUACAAUUUAUUAUUAGUUAGUGAGGCUAUAACAAGGAGAUAGACCUCACUGAUAACAUUAUGAAGAAAAGAUAAAUCAAGUCAGAUGUAGUAUUAAAUAUAUUAUAAAUUUAGUUAAAAAGACAUCCAUUAUUUUGGGGGCAUAAUUGCUUUUCUACAGAAGCUAUCAGAAAAACUUUUUCCCCCUUGUACUAGCCUAAAGUCUGUACUGUAUCACUGAGUCCUUUAGCACUUGAUCCUCUCACUAUUUUAAUAAUUUAGAGCUAAACCAGUUGUUCUCUCCCUGGUUGUGUGCAUCAAAAACAUAUGCAGAGCUUUUAAAAACAGGUGGCUAGGGCUUCUCUAGCAUCUGUAUUCUUAAAAGGCUUUUAAGGUGAGAACUGGUUUGAGAACACUUGAUCUAGAUAGGUGCUUCUCCAACAUUAAUUUAUCUGAGAAUCAUCUGUGGCCUUAACUUGAAAGACUGAGAUUGAGCAUAGCUAAAGUAGGCUAGAGGAGUUUGCUGUUUUCACUGUCAUGUUGCAUGAAAUGAUAGAGGGCUUAAAUUUACUUACGUACUGUAAGCAGUAGGGUUUCCCCACAUUGGCAUGUGCUCUGGCCAAAACUACAUUCAGAUGUUUUUCAGACCUUAUUGGACUGCUCUCUCUCUUCAGUGGUGAGUGGUUAAGUUGCACACUCUAAAUCAGAUUGCCUGGCUUCAGAUCCUGGCUCUGCCAUUUACUAUCUUUGUGUUGACCCAGAGUGAGCUGUUUAAUCUUUCUGUGCCUCAAUUUCCUUAUCUCUAAAAUGAUAACAAUAUAAACCACCUUAUAGUAUUGUUUUAAAGGUUAAGUAGGUUUCUAGAUAUAAAACAGAAAAUGUCUGCCGCAUAUUAAGUGUUCAGUAAUCAUCAGCUCUUUGUCACAGUUGAUUAUUUCUCCUGAUUUUCAGGAUCUGUGACUUCCUGUGACUUCUUUGGGUUACUCUCAUUCUUACCUGCCAUCUUGUUGUUUCCUUUUCUGCCCACUCCUUAAACAUCAGGGGUGCUCAAGAUAUUGUAUUUGGCUCUCUUCUCACUCUCUUUACCUUCCAUUGAUUAUUUUAUCAACUAGUUUGGCUUCCUGUACCACCUAUAUGCCUGUGGUUCACAAAUCAGUGUUUUUAACUAAAACUCCUCAAUGAGACACCCAUAUAUGUCCAAUUGCUUGUGCAAUUUACAUACUUGGAUGUUUCACAGGCACCUUACACUUAGCAUGUCUGAAACUGAAACCAUCACUUCUUCCCAAAUCUAACUCUGUUAUAUUCCCUUAGUGAAUGAUAUAAAAAUCCAGUAAAGAGUUGUUCUCAAUUCUACUUUAAUUUCCCGUUGAUUACCAAGUAUUGACAAGUCAAAUUUCUUAAUACCUCUCUCAUGUAUCCCCUCACUGCUACUGCCAUGGACUCUUUAAUUUGAACUAUGUAUUUGUUCUCUCUGUCUUUGACCUUUCUCCCUACAAUUCAUCUUUCACAUUGUUGGCAGAAGAAUCUUUCAAAGUGGUUUGAUGUGCAUGUCCAUCUUUCACUGAUGGACUGAACUCCUCUAGAAGGAGAUUGUUUCUCUCGUUUUUGUAAACCCAGCACCUGUUAACAUGUCUGACAGCAUAGUAGAUGGUGUGGUCUUAGAAGUUCUCUAGGCUUUCAGUCACCCCAGAUCUGCAUUGUCCAUUGCUGUAGGUACCAGCUACAUGUAGCUAUUUAAAUUUAAAUUUAAUAAAAAAAAUUCUGUUAGUCACACUAACUACAUUUCAAGUGCUCAUUGGCUUCGUGUGACUAUUGACUGCCAUAUUGGACAACACAUUUUAGAAUUUUUCUAUUAUUGCAGAAAGUUCUAUUGGACAAAACUGCCCCAGAUUCAUGCUUAGGACAGCCCACACUAGGUAUUUCAACAGAGGAAAUUUGAUAAUCAUUAGAGGGCAACCCAGAGACCCAACUGUAGGAAGCAACUAUUGUUAGGGCUGAAGAAACAAAAGGGAAAGGGUUGCAAUUACUAGAAUAGGUAAUUCGAGCUCCAAAGAGUGAUGCCCAUGGGGUUGGUGCUCAGACCUCUGAAGAAGUUUACCACUUAACUGCUCUUAUUAUUUCUGAGGGAUGCAAUGAAGAUAAUUCUGGAAGUUCUGUAAGUAGUUGAAGACUGGAAUCAACUAUUAUUAGGGUAACACUGAUAGGAAUAGCAAGCAAAGACAAAAAAAUUAAAUAUUUUUUCUCUUUCUGCCUUCCAGUAUCCUUCUAAUACAUUUUAAUGGCAGAACUAAUAGAAAGGUAGCUGUAAAGGAGUCAGUGUCCCAGCCCCAGUCACAAAGCAGAAGAUAGUGGAGUGGAAUAAGGAUUUGAGGAUAGUGGUGGAGGUAGAGCUGAGAGACAACAGGUAAAGAAACAACACACUAGUUUCUUCUAAAAAGACUACUUUUUGUCCAAAGAUGUUAAUCCCUAAAACUCCAAAUAUUCAGGUAGAGAUUAUUUCUGAGGACUCAAGAGUACGUGUACUAGUUUAAUUGCAAUCUUGUUCUUUUCUAUCAAAUGAAUCUUUUUAAGGGUGCUAUUUAAUUUUUUAAAAAGAUCAGCAAGGAAGAGGUGUAUGUAUUAUAUGAAUCCAUGUGUAUCCAUUCAUUAACGCAUUUAUUGCAUGCCUACCAUGUGCCACACAGUCUGUCAGGUGAUACAUCAUACACAACAUAAUAAACUUUAAUGAGGUGAAAGUAAUAAUCCACCCAAAACCAACUAUCCAGAGUUAGGCACUGUUAAUAUAUUUGUGUUGAUGCCUCCAGAGACCUUGGUAUAUACAUGAACACAGACAAACACAGACACACACACCCACACCCACAAAUAUAGAAAUGAUUUUAAAAUCUUAAAAAAUAUAAGUGUUAGAGAUAUUUCCAAGAAAGUGUGUGAAGAUCUACCUUGCCUGGGGCUUUGCAGUAUACGAUAAUGAGAGCGUACUAUAUUUUAUUUUGGACAUUCAAUAUAGGCAGCUAUGUUAUGUCUGUAUAUAUUAUUUUUGUGCAUUUUGUCUUUCAGACUAAUUUUUAGAAGUAUAAUUUCUGUCUGGAUCACUAGGAAUGCAGAUUUGAAAUUUUGAGUUUUGUGAAACUGCCCUCCACCAAAGCUGUUCCAAUUUACGCUUCGAUAAAUAGUGUAUGAGUGUGUUUCUUCAUAGAAUAUUUUCAGUCUUUAAUAAUUUUCAGUGAGAGCAAAAAUUUAUUUUCUUUACAUUUUAUUGAUUUUUAGUGAGAGCAAAUGUAUUUCAAUGUAUUAAUUGGUUGCUUGUAUUUCUUGCAUAAUUAGCUCUCUCCUUACGCCUGUAGCACUUUGUCUUUUUGGUGUUUACCUCUAUAAAUUUGUGGUAGUUCAUAUUGGGAAUCAUUUAUCCUUUAUUACACACAUUGCAAAUAUUUUUCCUUCUGUCAUUUAUUUUAAACUUGCUUAUAAUAUUAUUGCUUUAUGACUUUUUAUUUUUGUGUAAUCAAAUCUGUUGACCCUACUAUAUCAUUUCUGCCUUUGGUGUCAUGUUUAGAAAGAAUUUCCCCUCUCCAAAAUUAUAAAAUUACCCAUGUCUUCUGAUAUUUUUAUGAUUUUGUUUUUUAUGUAAUUCUUUAAUAAGUUGGAAAUUAUAUUAAGGGGUGAGGUAAAGAUUCAACAUUAUUCAUCAAGAUAAAUUCAGUUGUCUUAAUCCAUUUAUAAAAUAAUCCCUGAUCUAAAAU